CAAUUUCUGAGCAGUUUUGUCCGGAAGACUGUGCUCAGGUUAUGACGACUAAUCCCAAACCGAACAAGGCAUUAAAGGUAAAGGAGGAGUCAGGAGAGAAUGCCCCAGUGCUGAGUGAUGAUGAACUUGUGUCAAUGUCCGUACGGGAGCUGAACCAGCACCUGAGGGGUCUCACCAAAGAGGAGGUCAUCCGUCUGAAGCAGCGGAGGCGCACGCUGAAGAACCGGGGCUACGCUGCCAGCUGCCGCAUCAAGCGUGUGACUCAGAAAGAGGAGCUGGAGAGGCAGCGGGUUGAGCUGCAGCAAGAGGUGGAGAAGCUGGCCAGAGAAAACAGCAGCAUGAAGCUAGAGCUGGACGCCUUGCGCUCCAAGUACGAAGCACUCCAGACCUUUGCUCGUACUGUGGCGCGAGGGCCUAUUACCCCGACCAAAGUUGCCACCACCAGUGUCAUCACCAUUGUGAAAUCAGCCGAAAUCUCAUCCAGUUCUGUGCCGUUUUCAGCAGCAUCCUAGUGCCCUCAGUGGGGGCAACUAGCAGCCUUUCAGAGGGGAGGGGAAAAGGCUCUUAUGCAUUGUUCCGGAGUCCUUGGUCACGUCAAGAAUUGGCAUUUUAACAAUUCUCUUCCAAAAGUGCAAAAAGUAAAGGAAAAAAAAAAACGAAAAAAAAAAAACCCAAUCCUACAAAGGGAACUUAACUGGCUGCUUCUAUCUGGACUCGGUGGCUCCAUCAACCUCUCGUGUCCAGGAUUUGAGCUCUGUAUGCAGUACAAGUUGCAAGAUCUGCUUCCUCCUUUCCCCCUGCCUCCCCAAACCCUUCUCAGCUGUGGGCAGCUUUCCAGCUGGGAGAAGAUAUCUGAGGGGUCUCCGGAGUCUUCGUUGAAUGAUGCUCAAGAGCCAGGAAACAGGUGGACCAUAGAAAUCAUCAUGUGAGAUGAAUGUAUGGAAAAAAGAGUUUCCUUUAGUGGCAUCCUACUCCCUGUAAGAAGGGUCUCCCCUACCUUCCCCACUUCCAUCUGAUGUUAUGAGGGCAGGGAUACAGGCUUUUUGGAUUAGAUUUCAUCCUGCUAUGAGUGGAUGGGAGUGGGAGGAUGAUGGAGACUAAUGCUUGGGUCUGACCACACCCAUUAGAAAUAACCUUUUGUUUUCAAUCCAUGCUGUUAAAAUUUGGAAAAAUAUGUAUUUUACAUAUUUUAAUAUGCCCCAUUACCUGUGUGGCCUAUAAAAACUACAUUGCAGCCUCCUUUAUUCCAAGCCCAAGCUUCCCGAUAGCUCCUUCCCUAAGGUGUGUCUGUGAAUUGGGUAUAUUUAUGCAGUUUAUUUCUUCCAAAUGAUCCGCAGUCUUGAAGUAGCAGCUUUUUUUUUUCUGGAUUCCCUGAAGCUUAAGGGAAGGAAGCACAGUAAAUGCUGUGAAGAGCUGUGUGAUGGGGAGGAGAAGGGGAGGCGAGGAAGAAAAAUGCUGCGAGUAUUACCAGGUGGAGGCAGAACUGGCUGCGAGAAGGUGGGACAGUUCUGCUGGGAUCAGCACUAUGAGAAGGGGUUUGUGCAGAGUAUUUCAGAAAGACGUUUUUAAAGCACUGAAGUGUAACUAGAAGGCAGUAGUGUUCAGACGGGAGGAGAGAAGUUAUAGAGCCUCCUCUUUGACAGAAGCAUUGGUAGGUUAGCAAUGAACAUCCCAGCCGGAGAGCUGGGCUCACAAGUCUUUGACCAGAGAAGGGCUUAUGGGGAGGUCAGAUGGGAGCUGGAAGAGUCUUUUCCUCUCCAUAGCAUGUCAGGCACUGAAGUUGGGAUCCAAAGAGUACAGUGAACAACCCUCAGUGUUCAGACAACCUGUGUGAAUGUGACCCUGAAACUUGACGCUUUCUCUUGGGAACGGGUGAAUUAUCCUGAGACACACAUGGAGGGCAGGGUGGAAUAUCGGUGUGUGUGUAGGAGACGGAAGAGUUGGGAUCGAGAAGUCGUUCGUAUGGCUUUGAGCAGUGGUUUGGGAGAGGGAUUUCUGGCUCAGCAAUGGGCAGGAGGUGGGAAGCCAAAAGGAGAGAUUCUGCUGUUGCGCAGCAGUGCUGAAAAGAUGAAUGUUUCCAGGUCACUG